UAUCAAGGUUGCUUGACCUCGGCUCUUUUGUUCAAGCGACAACCGCAAAACAUGUACAACUAUAAGUGGCCCGAAACGCCGCUUCCCUCGGUGAAUCAACGAAACUUUCCCAACCCCGCCGCAUUUCUGGAAACUCCUACCAUCAUCAGAGGACGACCACGACCGGAAUUGAAUAGGUCCAUGAGGAUUGAAAAUGCUCCUCCCUCGGACUACUUCAACACGGCGUACAGCGCACUGAACGAUAGUAUGCUGUUCGAUGCCAAUAUCAUAAAAAGGAAACCGGCCCAAACGACCCGUGAAGCUCCUGUAUCGAAGUAUGCUAAGCCCCUACCAACCAGUGUUGCCCCUACCAACCAGAAGAAUGUAUCGCAACAUCCGGCAGCCGACGCUGGUACAGCCAACGGCAAUGGCAGCGGCAAACAGGAUCCAAAAGCUGCCCUUCUCAUCGUUUCCGGAACGAUCCAGCACAUUUUGAAGCUUAUCCGUGAGCAACCGAAACUCCCGACCAUGUUGCUGUUCGAGACGGUGGCCAACGUGCUAUCGGUGAAAACUGGCCCCAAACCGGGCGAAAGAAUCAUUUUACUGCGGAACCACGAGGCCGGACCUAUUUUGCAGGCGAUUUAUUACGAGAUUGAUCGUCAACUGAUACCCCUAAACCGUGGCGAUUUGGUGCGCUGUGUUGGACGGCUUCAGCCGUUCGGAAAUCGGUUUCAGAUACUGAAAAUCACGCGCACAUCGGACCAGUACGAGCGAGCGAUCGUCCGUUUGCAAACGGUCAGUGCAUUCGUCUCGAAGGUGAUGCGAUGAGCAUAGGC